GAGGGGAGGCGGGACUUGUGGAUGGCGAUGGCGGCGACGGGCGGGAGGUUAGAUCGUGAGUUUUGUGAAUUGACUGCAUAGAGCCAGGCCAUUACCUGUGUCAUAUUUGCGUGUGUUCGUGGCAAUCUACACGCCCAUUACUAUUGUGAGACAGCACACUUUUACAUCUGACUGGAGCUACAAAUGAGAGAAGUUUUUACAGAUCUCUUUCUUGAACGGUGCCUGAACCUGGACUACAAUGCCUUUAGUGACGAGGAACAUUGAACCGAGGAUACUUGUGUGUCAGCCUCUGCCCAGCAACGUCUUGAGUGGAAUUAGAGUGUGUGACAACACCACACUUUCAAAUGUCAUCAGGCAGCUCGGCAGUUUGAGUAGAUAUGCCGAAGACAUUUUUGGCGAGCUGUUUCAGGAAGCGGGCAAAUUUGCCAGCCGAGUAAACAGUCUCGGAGAACGGAUUGACCGGUUGCAAAUUAAAGUAACGCAGCUGGAUCCCAAAGUAGAAGAUGUUUCGCUACAAACUAUUAACCUGAGGAAAGCCUUCAAGAGCUCCACAAAUCAGGACCAGCAGAUGUUCCGUCGCUCCUCGCUGCCGAUUCCCAUUCACGACACGUAUAAUACUUGUGAUAAGCCACCGCCUCUUACAAUUCUAACCCCAUACAGGGAGGAUGGGAAAGACAGCCUUAAGUUUUACACAGAUCCGUCCUACUUCUUUGACCUCUGGAAAGAAAAAAUGUUGCAGGACACGAAGGACAUAAUGAAAGAAAAGAGGAAGCACAGGAAAGAAAAAAGGGACGUAUCAAAUAGAGGCAACUUGAAUCCACGAAAAAUUAGAACGAGGAAAGAGGAAUGGGAGAGGUUGAAAAUGGGCAAGGAGUUUGUGGAAGCAAAAUUGAUUGGUGAUGAUACUGGCAUGAAUGUCAACGACAUCAGCCCCAAUGGGAGUAUAAGCCCCAAUGGGAUUGAUGAGCAUGUCUACAGGACACACGGAGUCUAUCGUGACUCAGUCACUACUCCGCCAGCAUCACCUGGGGCUGACCUGCCACCCCCACCACCUGACUUUGGAUACGCAGCGGAUAAACAGGAUUCUUCCGUCUUUAAGAGGAGCAGUGUUGUCAGCCCGACUAUCCCUCCUCCAGCACCACCCCCUGGUCCACCAAUGGGAGGUGGAUUCUCCCCACCACCAGCUGCCCCAACCCUGCCCCCACCUUCCCCCUUCAUGGGCAUCGUGGGACCCCCCAUUUCCCCCCCGCCCCCACCUCCCUCCAUGGCCCCGAUACCGUUCAACCAACAUUUCCCCGGCAACGAUGCCCCAUCUAUGCCGCCCCCUCCUCCUCCCCCCACCGACCACUUCCCCGCCGCCCCGCCCCAAAUGGUCCCCCCGUCCACCGGCGGUGGAGCCCCCCCUCCUCCUCCUCCCCCACCCCCUCCCCCCGGUCCACCACCACCGCCCUCUUUUGGCAACGCUCCACCCCCUCCAGCUCAGCUCAAGGAGCAGAAGCCCAAGGUUGCCCAGGAGCCGGUGAGCGACCCAAGGACCAACUUGCUCUCCGCCAUCCGGCAAGGCUUCCAACUUCGCAAAGUCGAAGAGCAGAGACAGGAAGAGGAAAAGCGGGACCACAUUGGAAACGACGUGGCCACCAUCUUGUCGCGCCGCAUCGCGGUGGAGUACAGCGACUCAGAGGAGUCGGAGUUUGAUGACGAAGAAUGGUCCGACUAAGAUGUGCUGUCCCAACGCUUAAAGCACCAGCAGCCAAAGUCCUUUAAGAAAACGCAAAGCCAAACCUCCCAACAGUGCCUUCACACGGGUGUAGUACUCGCAUGUAUUAUUUGCACAGGGUCAGAAGCUGUUGGGAAGACACCAGACUAGCAAACACUUGGCAUUAUGGUGAGGAGUUAUGUAAUAUGAAGUGCCACAUUGACACAGCAGUCAGAUUAACUUGUAGUGUUCAGAAAAAGGCACAAAGUGUUGGAGUAACUCACGGGGCACGGUGGCGCAGCGGUAGAGUUGCUGCCUUACAGCACUCGCAGCGCCAGAGACCCGGGCUCGAUCCCGACUGCGGGUGCU